AUUUUAGGUUAUUAGUCUUAUUACCACGAUUAAAGAUAAUARAUAGUAUCUACUAUCUAUACUCUUUUAUUACUCUAUUAUUUAUAGCCGUGGUUAUUAUUUAUUGGUACAAAUUAUUAAUGUACAAUGGUACGCGUUUUUGCGUUAGUGAAAUCAUUGUAUCUGUUUUAAUGUUUAUUAAUUUUGUUUCCGGCCGGUUACUAUUUAGCCAUUUACUAUCGGCGAUACUUUAACUACACCACKACGUGCUGCUGCCGUAUCGAUUUCGGUUUUCUUGCCUCCAUAACUAGCGUGAACGCUCGUUGCGAAAUCGACACAAAAACUUGCUUGAUUGAGCGUGGGUGAGUGAUCUAUCAUGGCACGAUCAUGCUCAUCGUCUAGCGACACGUCGUCGCCAAAGUACGAGUUCUCCGAUUCGGAUUCCGAUCACAAGCGACGGGGCAACAAAAGCCGUCCGCGUCGUUUGCCGACCAGCAACAGUAAGAACGCUGUGGCCGCUCGCAUAAACCGCAUGAAACAGAAACAGUAUGUUAAGGACCUUGAGCAAAAGAUGUCGCAGCUCAAACGUGAGAUCAAGGGUGUAAAACGGGAGUUGAGGGAACGCGAGGAAAAAUGGGCUAGCAGCCGUCGACAGGUGGCCUAUUUGCGGAGUAUGUUAGCCAACAGCAAUCAAAUUGGCGGUUUGUUACGUAACAUACGCUGGAGGAAUAUCGUCCCACAAGGUAGUAAUAUCGACAAGACUCUAAAUGAGUUAAACUCUGACGCGAGUAUUGACCACUUUCCUAUUUCCACGAGCCAUAGUCUGUUUGAUGGUUAUUUUGGUUUAUUAGAGGAAAGAGACAGCGAUCAUCCCCACAUGGUGCCUCCGCCAGUUGCACCUCAAGAAGAUGAGGGCUGGGCACUUUUAGACGGUAUCAACCCUUCAACAACUGAGCUAUUCCAAGAAACCGUCCCAUCUAAAUAUGUGUCAGUGUGCACGUUGUUACCGUAGAAAGACGGUUGUGUGCAUAUCGGUGUCAUAAAUGAUCUUAUUAAUUGAAAGGUUGGUAUACAAAACAUCAAUUAUGAAUGAUUUUUAUUUAUUCUUUAUCUAUUCGAGAGCAACAAAACCUAAGUUAGACUAUUUUGUACAUAAAUCCUUAACAACUGCUAUUAAUCUAUGUUGAUUUUUUAGAAGCUGUGAUCUCGCAUGUACAAUUUUACAUGCCAAACCUCCAAAUUAGGCAUAAGGUAAGAAGUGUUUUUGAUUUGAUUAAUUAUCAAGUUUAACUAGUGUUUAGCAUUCAGCGUGACCAAUUUUCUUAUUAAGGACAGUGGAAAUUUGGUUAGUUUUAUUCAUUAAAAAAAAUACAAUAACACAUUUAAAGAAACAUGAAUAGUAACUAAUGAAAGUUAAAUAAUAUAAUUAAAGUAUUUUUCCACUGUCCUUAAUAUUUUAUUAUUGUUAUCAAUAUUAAG